CACUGUUCACGGACAUUCUUCUUUCCUUUUAGUUUAUCCAUGAGUUCCUUGCUCAUCUCCGCAGGCCUCUUGCCACCUUUCCCCAAUUUCUUACUCUUAGGGAUGCACUGAUCUUAAGCUCCAAUUUAUAGGAGGGAAAGAAGGUUCUUUUAGUAUAUGUAUAAUCAACAGUGAGAUUAAGACACAACGGGUCAAAUGUUAGCCCAUCCAGUUUAUUAGAAGUCCUAGUUACUUAGGGAGAGGGGAAAGAAAGACAGGUGAUAGAACAGAGAUAAAAGAAGAAGUCUUUAUAGAAAGCAAGAGAGAUAGUCACCACCAUGGGUUCAGAGGUGGUUCAUAGUAUGACCGUUGAUAUCAGGAUCUUGUCCAGUCACUGCAGGGGAUGGGAGAAAGCCAGGAAGCGUUUCAGCAAGCAGGCCCCAGGGGGUUCUUCUGAAGAGUUUCUUCCCCUCAUGUAAUUUCUGGCUAGUCUCCUGUGGGACGUGUAGGAAGAGGACCCAGAGAGAGCACUGUGUCUGUCUGGCAAUAUCCGGCUGUGAUGAAGCGGCUGAGAGCCCUUCGAGGUCUCUUUGCCUGUGUGGGCUGCAUGCCCAGAUGUACACGUCGCGAGGCCAGAGGCAGGGAGGCAAGCCCUGUCCCUGCCUGUGCCGUGACUUUGCUGCUGCAGCGCCUGCAAGACCAGGAGGGUGACCGAGUGCAGGUUUACUGCGAGCUGGAGAGCGUCUUGUGGGAAGAUGAUGACGGCCGCCCGCCAUGUGGAGUGGUGAACCGGCUGCUGGCAGAGGUGUCCCAGGACCUGACAGCAGCCCAGGUGAGGGGUCACUCCCAAAGGCAAAGGGAGCCGCCUGCCCACACUGGUGUUCUGCUGGCGGACGUUGUGAAACAGUGGUCAGAAGGAGUCAAGUUUCACUUGUCCUCUGGACAGCAAUGCCCCUGGCCUGCCAUAGAGAAAGAGCAGAUCUGUGAGAAUCUUUACCAGCUCUUCUGCUCUGUGCUGAGGAACUGGCAGGACUGCAAGGAGGAAAAGGACAAACAGACCAUCCUCGGGGCUGUGGCUGCCAUGAUGGCUGUCCUCCUGCAAGAGGAGCUGCACCAAGAGCAUGUCUGGGAGCAGCUCCUCUGGCUUGUGCACCAGUAUCAGGAGGUCCAAGACACCUGCAGGGGGACCAAGAGCCUCAGUAUCUUCCUGGAGGCCUUAAAGGGCGUUGAGACUGUCAUCCCCAAGGACAAGUUUCUGGCCAUCACCAGUGCUGUGUUCUAUCAGGUAAGGGGAGCCUAUCCUUGUGCCCACAGCAGUUUCCCUCUUGGCUAAGUCUCAGGGGCAACU